CGUACCAUGACCUCGUUGAUCCCAAAACGUUUUCUGGCGCGGUAUUACGCCAGUUCUGCGCCCUCACCCUCUUCUCUGAAAAAAUGGGGUAUAUUUGGGUCGCCGUCAUCCAAAUCUAUCCUGGAUGACGAUUCGCCCGUGAAACUGGAUCUAUCAGAGGAUAAUGAUGUGGUGAACCGUGUCCGGGCGUCGACACCCCCCGUCCAUCGUCGCAAGCCACCAAAGGAAGCGACACCUGAAGAGUAUAUUCGCCACCGAAAGGCGAUGAGGAAACGGUUCCCAGAUGGCUGGAAUCCUCCGCGAAAGAUAUCACGAGAAGCGAUGGACGGGCUUCGAGAGCUGCACCAGUUCGACAGGGCCAAGUUCAACACUGAGGUCCUCGCCGAUAAAUUCAAGAUAAGCCCUGACGCAGUGAGACGGAUCCUGAAGGGGCGAUGGGAGCCUAGCAGAGAACGGCGAAUCGAGAUGAGGGCGAAAGAGCGGAAAGGGACGGCCGAGUUCGUGAGACUGAGCCAGCUGAGGGAGAGACUCGAAGCGGAGAAGCUCUGGAAAGAGAAGAAUAUGGUCGAUUCUCAUCUCCCACCGGGCCGCUCCGAUCAGAUUUCUGGCCUUAAUUCCAACGACAGAUUCACCUUCGACUAGCACCCCCUGGUCCCCUUACGUUCCUAUUCAUUGCCUUUUGAAUCGGACACUGCUCUCGCGAUCGUCCUCACGCUGCGGAACCGUCGCAGAACAGGCUUGCUAGUGCGCCCUAGCACCCAGAUCCUCGUUUAGUUCCGGAAACGUCAUGCCUGUACUUCAUUUCGCUAUCAGACUCGUUUCAAGCCGCCUGUCGUAUUCUCUUAUUGCGUUAAUACCCAUCUAUCUUUCCUAGUUCACUAUUUAUUUUAAGGCGCUGCUGUGAUUUCCUUACGGCCUUUACACUGACUAGGCACGUUUGGCGCCACCUCGUGCUCGGUC